AUGUCCCGGGGGAGUGUCCUGAAGCUACUAUACCACACCUGGUGGCACUGGACAGUGUUGGGCCUGGGUGGCCUGGUGCUCUGCAGUGCCGGACUUCUCUACCUGGCCUGCUGUGCGGCUCUUGGCCAGCCUGCCAGAGGCCGCAGCCCUCCUCCCGCUGGGCCAGCACGGGCCACCACCUUCCUGGCAGUACCGUUGGCCUGUGCGCCGUGGGCAGCCGCACGGCACUGUGUGGUGCACCACACAAAGGAGGCGGCCACACGGCCCAGCAGCCAGGGUGACAUGCGGGCACAUUCUGCUGUGGGCACAGGCAGCCUGGGCGCCAAGGAGCGGCUAGCCCUGGCACGCGAGCAGGCACAGCACGGUGACUUGCUGCUCCCCCGGCUACACCACGUGUGCAAGAACCUCACGGCCAAGGUACCAGCCACGCUGGUCUGGCUGGGGCACGUGGCCUUUGCGUUCAUGCUAAAGGCGGAUGCCGACGCGUUUGCGGGGCUGGGCGAGCUGCUGGCAGAGCUGCGCACACAUGACCCCAGGCACGGUCACCAUCUCAACUGGGGCUUCCUUUUAGGCCGCGGCAGUGCCAAGCCUCGGGGCCACUGGCACAAAGCCAUCUGACAGCUCUGUGACCACUACCUGCCGUACACGCCAAGCAGUGGCUCUGCGCUCUCAGCGGACCUGGUGCACUACCCGUGCCACAUUGAGCACUGGCACACGUGGCACAGUGAGGAGCUGUCCCUGGGCGCCUGGCCAGCGUCGAUGGGUGUCCGGCACGAGUACGACCCCUGCUUCCACACCGAGUCAAAGUCCAGUGGCUGUAGCAAACUGUACCCAGUGACACGCAAGCUGAGCCUGGAGGACAUGCUGGAGAAGCACAAGGCCCUGAUGGGAGAGGACCACCUGUGCAAGCAGGACAUGCAGCUGCACCUUUCCUACCUCUUCGACUGGCGGGCGCCUCCCCCACAAUGCUGUCAGAGGAAGGAGGGCCUCCCCUGAGCUGCAGCCUAGCUGACCUGCCACAGUCACAACAGCACUGUUGGGAGCCAAGACAGAUGCUU